UAAUUGGAACGACCCUAAAAUUUCAUUAUCACAUAAAAAUGAACAUUAAACACGAGCCUCUAGUUUUGAAUUGCAGUACAUAAUUUGGGGUGUCCAUUGUUUAUUACUCUGCUACUUUCGUCUCUUCUUGUACUCUUGUUCCUUGUUUGCAGGAAGGAACAUGGAAGCUGUGUGUGCUUUUUCUGUUGGCACACUUCACAUCCCAACAGCACCAGAAAUACCAACCCCAUUUAGGAAAUCCAUAUUCUUGAGAAACCAUGUGAAUUCACCUAUUUCUUUGGUUUCUUGGGGCAUUUCAAAAUCCAAGCUUUUCACUGCCUUGUCGCCCCCUCCAUUGACAGAAUCAAGUAACCAGCCUGAGGCUGAGUCAGAAUUUGAAGGGCAAUCAGAAAAAAUUGAUUGGUACUCUCAGUGGUACCCUUUGAUGCCAAUUUGUGACUUGGACAAGAGGAAACCUCAUGGGAAGAGGGUGUUAGGAAUUGAUGUGGUUGUGUGGUGGGAUAGGAAUGAGGGUGCUUGGCAGGUUCAAGAUGAUGCUUGUCCUCACCGAUUAGCCCCCUUGUCUGAGGGAAGGAUUGAUCAAUGGGGAAGGUUGCAGUGUGUAUACCAUGGCUGGUGUUUCAAUGGCAAAGGAGAAUGCAAGUUCAUUCCUCAGGCACCCUCUGAUGGCCCUCCGAUUCAUACGUCCAAAAAAGCAUGUGUAGCUUGUUACCCAAGUUCGGUGCAGAAUGAUAUCUUGUGGUUCUGGCCCAAUACUGAUCCUCAAUAUGAAGAUAUUAUUACAAGAAAAAGGCCUCCAUACAUACCAGAAAUAGAUGAUCCAUCUUAUACUAAAUUAAUGGGAAACAGAGACAUUCCUUACGGGUAUGAAAUACUGAUAGAAAAUCUAAUGGAUCCUGCACAUGUUCCAUAUGCACACUAUGGACUAAUGCGUACUGGAGAACCAAAAGUGAAAGCUGAUAGAGAAGGGGGCAAGCCACUUGAAUUGCAUGUUGAAAAGUUAGAUAUCAAUGGUUUUAUAGCAGAUCAGGGUUUGACCAAAAGCAGAUUUAUUCCACCAUGCAUUUUUUAUGCAUAUACUCCAGAUCAACCUUCCUCAUCUGGUGAAACAAAGAAACCAUUAGCUCAGAAGAAAAUGGCUUUAAUCUUUAUCUGUAUUCCGGUUAGUCCUGGUAAAAGUAGAUUAAUAUGGUGCUUCCCAAGAAACUUUGGAAAGUGGAUGGACAAAAUUGUACCACGAUGGAUAUUUCAUGUGGGACAAAACCUGAUUCUAGAUUCAGAUUUAUAUCUCCUCCAUGUUGAGGAACAUAAAAUAAGGGAUAUUGGUCCAAACAAUUGGCAAAAAGCCUGUUUUGUUCCUACAAAGUCAGAUGCCCUUGUUAUUGGUUUCAGAAAGUGGUUAAAGAAAUAUGCAGGUGGUCAACUUGAAUGGAGAGGAAAAUACAGUGGAGCUCUUCCUUCAACACCUCCUAGAGAACAGCUUAUGGACAGGUACUGGUCCCAUGUUGUGAACUGCAAGAGCUGCAAUUCUGCAUACAAGAGCCUGAAUGUGGUUGAAGUAAUGCUGCAGAUCAUAUCUGUUGCUUCAGUUGGGAUUGUGGCAACCAUGAAGCAAGGUACAAUGUCAGUGGCAACAAGAAACUCAUUGGUUGUGUUAGCAGUACUAUCCUUUGCAUUGUCUCGCUGGUUGGCUCACUUCAUAUACAAAAACUUCCGUUAUCAUGAUUACGACCAUGCAUUCCGCUGAAAUGUGUUUUCCAUUGUUCUUCAACCACAUAUAUAUUUGUAUAUAUCCAUACCAUACGAAAGCUCCACAAGAAUAAACCCAAAUUUUCUCAAGUGCCAAAAACGGAACUGAUCGGUGUGAAAAGUAUUAUGUUGUGUUGGGUUGCUUCCAAAAAUACAAAGAAAACUAAGAAUGUAAUGAAGAGAUGUUCAAGUUUCAAACUGAAACAGAUCUCCCAUUAUUUAUCCUUUGUCUUCUCAUCAUAGGAUUAUGGAAGAAGCUUCAUAA